AUGGAAGCCACUGGCAUCUACAUUCUCUUUUCAUUGUGUGUCCAGCUCAAGUUGCAACACCACCACCACUCCUUUGGCACCAAUGGAACGCAAGACCGCUACACCCGGUUGCUUUUGAAGAGGGGUAGCACGAACCUGACAGCACCAUUAUCUCUAUCGGUCCUGGAGCCAGCCUUGGAACAGCGAGGUUUAGAGACGGUACUACGGGCCACCUCCGCCACCACCUCAAACCUAGCGCCGUUUGAGAACCUAAACUAUCCAGCGGCCUCUCAGCUUCCUGGUGUAGUUGGCGAUGGUCACGAUGGGAGUUUGAUUUCUCAAUGGUACAUCAGCAAUCCUUUGCAAAGAUGGUCCGAUCCUGCAAAGAAUGCAUACGAUAAUACGAUUGUUAUCCUGAAAAAAGACCUCACAGAUGAGGAGUACCAGCAGUUACGGCUCCAAAGCCAGCAUUCCAUGAACGAUGUGCAGUCUGCGGUUGAGUCAGCCCGACAGGAGUAUCAGACGAAGUCAAAAGGAUCCAAGACCCAGUCUGCUUUAACAACCUGUUCAUCGAGAAUCAUGUUCUAUGGAGCAAUAUUUGAUACCUUCUCUCAACAUCAUCCUGAGUACGUGUCCUUAGGCUGGGGUGCCUUAAAGUUUUUGUUCGUUGCUGUCCUCAACCAUGAAGAGCUUCUUGUUGAAAUAUCCAAAGCAGUCUCUCGGAUCGCACUCGUACUGCCUAGGACCGAGCUACACUCUGUGCUUUACCCCACGCCACGGAUGCAGGAAGCUGUAUCACAGCUAUACGCAAAGAUAAUAGAGUUCGCCUUGAUGGCAAUCAAGUGGUACAAGAAAGGCAAAUUAUCUCACUCCUUCACAGCCAUCAUCAAGCCAUUCAGUCUGGGGUUUAAACCCAUCGUCGAGGAGAUCGCCGAGCGGUCCAAGCACGUCGAUGAGCUGGCCAGCGCAGCGGUCAAAGCCGAGAUCAGAGAUCUGCAUGUAAACAUCCACAGGCAAAACAAGACUAUACUGCAAUUGACAGAAAUGGUUUCCUUCAUGCAACAGCAACAGUCUCUACAGACACAGUCACUACUGGCGUUGAAGGAAGAGCACAAACAAAUGUUCAGAGUCAGCCAACUUGAGGACAUCAGAACAGUCGCACUACUGGAAGAUACAGCCGUUGCGGAUGAUAGCCUGGCAUGGUGCCGGUCAAUGCGAAAUCGACGGAGGCAGAAAGCACCCACACAACUCCCUCUACCAGAAUUAUACAAACUCAAGACCUGGGCAAGCGAUCCCUCCUCUUCCCUCUUACUUGCGGAAGGACAAGGAGUAAAGACGAGCUCGCUCGAUUUUGCAGCCGAUUUCCUCGACAUUGUGCUUGAGCACGGGUACCCCGUCAUCUGGGCCUUGUCUUCAAUCAUCACUAAGGUCGAUGAUGAUAGUCUAGCACCGUCGAUCUCCGGAAUAAUUCGGUCACUCAUAUCACAAGCUCUAGCACUGAACGAUGCCGUGGUAAGCGAAGGUACUAAUCCGCUCACGCCCAAACACUUCAAGUCGGCUGUCAGCAUUACCCAGUGGUUCGAUAUACUCGAGCGUUGUGUGUCAACUUUCCAGCGACUUUUCAUUGUUUUAGACAUGAGUGCAAUCGAAGCUGCUUUGGAGCAAAGAGAAGCCGACGAAGAGUAUUUUAGGGUCAGUGACUUCAUGGAUCGGAUCGUAAGCAUGUCACAAUCGAAAGGAAGAACUGUCAAAGUCAUCGUUGUAUCAUGGAGGUUUAGUGCAAAUACCUCUAUAGAUGCCGAAUCCAUUUUCGACGAUAGGCAUCUGUUCACUGACAGGGGACGGAAGAUUGAGCGACUGAUGAAGCAGCCCAGGUUCAGGGCUGCGUUCAAAAGAAAACAUCAGAACUUCAACGACAGGUUCAGAUCGUCGAUUACUCUGGGAGAUGGUUGA